AUGAACAUGAACAUGGACCCGAACGCCAUGAGCCCGUGGUUUACGACACAGGAUGGGACGUACCCACCCGUAAACGCGCAAACACAGCUCCCUAACAAUGGUGGGGCUGGUUCGGACUUUACUGCACCGAUCCUAGGCUCCAGUGGACUUGGCGGCACUGUCGGCUCGUCGUCUGGAUUUUAUGACGACGGGGACGACGAAAAUGAAUUUGCGCAUGAAUUACCGCUUUUGGAAGAGUUGGGGAUCAAUUUUGAGCACAUUUGGGCCAAAACUGUGUCCGUGCUGCUCCCGACGAAGCAGAUCAACGAGCACAUAUUAGACGAUGCUGAUUUGGCGGGGCCACUGGUCUUUUGUUUCCUGUUUGGCACGUGUCUGCUGUUGGCUGCAAAGGUUCACUUCGGGUACAUUUACGGGUUUGGGGUCCUCUCAUGUCUGUUCAUGUACAUGCUGAUGAAUCUGCUGUCUCCGGAACGGACGAUCGACAUUUACCGAGUGUGCUCAGUGCUGGGGUACUGCUUGCUACCGAUCAUCGGUCUUGCAGCGAUCAAUAUUGUGGUCUCGGUGAAGGAUCUGGGAAUCGCAGGCUUCGUGCUGGCCAGUGUGUGCACUCUCUGGAGUACACACACGGCGUCACGUUUUUUUGAGAAGGCGUUGUACAUGACGGAGCAGAAGUAUCUCGUCAUGUACCCGACCAUGCUGGUGUAUGCUUGCUUCGUGCUCAUCGCUGUAUUCUAA